AUGCCGGUUCGCGUCCUCUCUCUGUGCGGAUUCACGCAAAACUCGACCAUCUACUCCAAGCAGCUCGGCGCGAUCCGCAAGACAUGUAAGAACGCCGAGUUCGUCUUCCUCGAGCCUCCUAUCAUCGUCCAGAAGGCGGACAUGCCAUGGGCCCAGACUUCCCUGGACGAUUUUGCGUCCAACGCUACCACCGAGACCGAGCAGCAAACCCCCGAGACAACUCCGCGUGCUUGGUGGCUUACUGGCGGCGACAAGAGCGUCUACAAGAGGUUUGACGAGACCCUCACUUAUAUUCAUGACUUUAUGGUUAAGAACGGCCCCUUUGACGGUAUCAUGGGUUUCAGCCAGGGCGCCUGCAUGGCCUCGAUCCUUGCUGCUCUCCUUGAGCAACCCGGCCUUCACCCCAACUGGCCUGCAGAGCCAGCCAUUCCCAAGUUCAAGUUCGUCAUUGCCGUCGGUGGCUUCCUUCCUCAGCCCAAUGUGCCAUCGUUUGAAGGAUGGUUCCCCCUCCCUGCCUCCCUCCCCGUUCUACACGUCAUCGGCCGUACCGACGUCGUCGUCCCCGAGGAGCGUAGCAAGACUCUGAUCGAGGGCUGCAAGAACUCGCGUGUCGAAUACCACACUGGAGGCCACUUCACCCCGUCCAAGGCUUCCUGGCGCCACUUUUUCAAUGCGUACAUCACUGGUGUCUCCGCCGGCGAGGACCAGAACGAUAUCGCCCCCGUCAACUCGUUCGGCCCCUCGGGUACCAACACGCCCGCCAGCACCAGUGGGGCCGGAACCCCUCGUCCGGCCUCGCCCGCCGUGCCCUCCAUGUCCGCUCCCUCUCCCCUUGCCACCACUUCCAGUACAACUGCCGACCCGGUGGCGGCUGCGGUCAGCGCCAUUGACCUGAACGGCACCAAGACGGAGGAGGAUGGCCAGACCAAGGCCAAGGUUUAG